GCGAGGGUGGGGCCCCUGCUCACCUGUGGACUGGAGCUGAGUUUCCCAGGGCUGGAGAAAGAGCAGCAGCACAGACAGUGACCAGCAAAGAAGGCCCCUCAUGGUACUUGGAGGAUGGAGUCACAGCCUGGAGGAACUCUGGACCUCACCCACAGACCCGGAGAUGGGACAGAGCAACUCGCUCUUUUGGGUCCAGUCUGAGAGUGGUGAACCAGUGCAGGGCCAAAAAUCCACCAAGCUGGGGAAGUUGCUUAGCAUCUGAGGUCACAGCCUGCUCCUAGGAGAGGCCGCCAGGGGGCGCAUGCUGAGUCUGGACAUUGCCGUGGGAAGCCCACAUCUGCACAGCAGGUGUGCCUGCCCAGAGCAAACAGGGGGGCUGGGAAGUCCCGGACCUUGGCGAUAAGGCUUGGACAAGAUCUAUCCCAUAUGAGGGUAGGAGGUGAGAGAGCGAACCUGGCCUCUCAGAGCAGCCAUGGACCCUGCGGAGGCAACAGACCCCUCAGUGCCCCCGGGCCCUUUGACUCACCUGAGCCUGCUGGACAGCUCAGAGGCGCAGCUGCAGAGCGGAGGCGACCCGCGGAGCCUCCCGGGGAGUUGGACCAGGUCACCCCCAGAGCAUGCCACCAUCCUGAGAGAAGGUGUGCGUACAUGCCUGCAGCGCAGAUGUGAGCAAACCGUGCGGAUCCUGCAUGCCAAGGUGGCCCAGAAAUCUUAUGGAAAUGAGAAGCGGUUCUUCUGCCCCCCUCCCUGUGUCUACCUCGCGGGUCCGGGCUGGAGGUUGAAACCACUGCAAGGCCAAGCCCACCAGGCUGCAGAGACCGGACCCACAGUCUGCGGCUAUAUGGGACUGGACGGCGCAUCCAGUAGCGCUGGCGAGACGCAAAAGUUGAAUUUCGAAGAGCAGCCGGACUCCAGGGAAUUCGGCUGUGCAAAGACCCUGUACAUCUCUGACGCCGACAAGAGGAAGCACUUCCGGCUGGUGCUGCGGCUAGUUCUCCGAGGGGGCCGGGAGCUGGGUACCUUCCACAGCCGCCUCAUCAAGGUGAUCUCCAAGCCCUCGCAGAAGAAGCAGUCGCUGAAAAACACCGACCUAUGCAUCUCCUCGGGCUCAAAGGUUUCCCUCUUCAACCGCCUGCGCUCCCAGACAGUGUCCACACGCUACCUCUCUGUGGAAGACGGGGCUUUUGUGGCCAGCGCAAGACAGUGGGCUGCCUUCACACUCCACCUGGCUGAGGAGCACUGUUCCCCCGGGGACUUCCCACCUCGAGAGGGCUACAUCCGCUAUGGCUCCCUGGUGCAGCUUGUCUGCACAGUCACAGGCAUCACGCUGCCUCCUAUGAUCAUUCGCAAAGUAGCCAAACAAUGCGCCCUCCUCGAUGUGGAUGAACCCAUAUCCCAGCUGCACAAGUGUGCUUUCCAGUUUCCAGGUGACACUCCAGGAGGGGGUGGUACCUACUUAUGCCUUGCCACAGAGAAGGUGGUGCAGUUCCAGGCCUCCCUCUGUCCCAAGGAAGCCAACAAGGCACUGCUCAACGACAGCUCAUGCUGGACCAUCAUCGGCACCGAGUCGGUGGAGUUCUCCUUCAGCACCAGCCUGGCCUGUACUCGGGAGCCAGUCACUCCGGUGCCCCUCAUCAGCACCCUCGAGCUGAGUGGUGGGGGUGACGUGGCCACGCUGGAACUGCAGGGAGAGAACUUCCACACCGGGCUCAAGGUGUGGUUCGGAGAUGUGGAGGCAGAAACCAUGUACAGGAACCCGCGGUCCCUAGUGUGCGUGGUGCCCGACGUGGCCGCCUUUGGCAGUGAAUGGCGCUGGCUGCGCACUCCCAUCACAGUGCCGGUGAGCCUGGUCCGCGCAGACGGGCUCUUCUACCCCAGCGCCUUCUCCUUCACAUACACCCCGGAAUACAGCACACGGCCACGGCCAACUGGAGUGCCCGAGCCGGCUACCGACGCGGACGCACUCCUCGAGAGCAUCCAUCACGAGUUCACACGCACCAACUUCCACCUCUUCAUCCAGACCUAGGUGCGUUGCAGGUGCCCUGCUGUUCCUCUGGGCCACAAGCCCUGCUUUCUUGCCUCUUUGUCAUGAAGGGGCAAGAGGAGGUUUGCAGUACAAACCCCCUUUCACACGGGUCACUUACUCGACCACAGACAUACAGGAAUUGGUAACCAAGAGUGACCCGUUGGUCCGUGUUCACAGUGGUGGUGUUUCCUGUGUUUGUCUCCUCUGUAACUUUGUAGAUCUAUUAACAUGUCCCUAUGCCUCCA